UUUAUUCAAAAAAUAAAAGUUGUUUUCGGAUCUGAACUAAAUCUGCCUUCCAAAAGUAGAAUCUAACAUCAUAAAAAAACAUUAAAUAAUUAGAAUUGAGAGACGAAAUAAAGCCCAAACAAUGAUAUUACGAGCCACAGCACGCUGGUAGAAAAGAGUUUCUCCCUUCUAUAGACUACAAUUGGGGUUUUGGUUAGGGUUUGUUUGAUCAAUGGCGGAGGAGAAGGCUAUGCGAUCCAAGGGCGUCGUCACCAAAUUCAACGAUCAGAAGGGCUACGGAUUCAUCCAGCCUGAGGAUGGAAGCGAAGAUCUGUUCGUCCACCAAACCGCCAUCAAAUCCGACGGCUACCGCUCCCUCCGCGAGGGGCAGGAGGUCGAGUUCACCACCAUUCUAGACGGCGACAAGGCCAAGGCCGCUGACGUCACCUCCCCCGGCGGCGGCCCCGUCGACACCGCUCCUCGCAGGGGCAAUAACACCAGCAGAUACGGCGAUCGGAGAAAUGACGGCAACGGAUACGGCUAUCGCAGCGGCGGAGGAGGUGGAGGAGGCGGUGAGUGCUUCAAUUGUGGUGAAUUUGGGCAUAUGGCUAGGGAUUGCGGAGGCGGAGGAAGUGGAAAUGGUGGAGGAUGUUACAAUUGUGGAGGAUUUGGGCAUAUGGCUAGGGAGUGCCCUAGUGGAAAUCGCGGCGGUGGCGGUGGGGGUUCCGGUGGGGCUUGUUUCUCCUGUGGGGAACCAGGUCACAUGGCGAGGGAUUGUGUGCGCAGCGGCGGAGGGGGCUACAGCCGUGGAGGAGGAGGCUGUUUCAACUGCGGUGAACCUGGACACUUUGCCAGGGAAUGCAAAAGCACCUCAUGAAUAAAUUGGUCUCUGUUUUUUGAUGGUUAUGCUUGAAUUCUGCUGUUUUAUUAUUUAGGGAUGUUAUUAUGGUUUUGCUUAUAUGGUUUAUUAAUGCGAUCUGCCCAUUUUUUGUUC